AUGGAUCCCUCAAUGGAGAUCGACUCGGAUGAAUACGAGUAUGAAUAUGAUGAAAGAGAGACAGAGAGCUUCUAUGUCAACCUAGACCUCACCUCUUGCAAUGGUCCAAUCCGCCCUCCUCGAAUGCGAGAUGAGGAUUCACGCGAUAUCUCUGCCAUAGAGAACGAACCUUAUGGGGGCCCUGAUGACCUGCCCGAAGACACUACAUUUACACCUCUCGAAAGCACCGAGACAGCCACGUUGCCCGGCGAGCGAAUCCAGCUUCUUGGCCUUCACACGUGCAACCCAGUUGUCUCCUACCACAACCAAAUCUUCAGUUGCGCUUGGGCCGAUCAGAUCGGUACUGAGUUACUCUUCACCCACCCAGAUGCAGCUCCAGAUGCAGACUACCCACCCCUGCGCCAGGGUCCUGGCUUUGAACUACUCGCCGCCAAUAGUGUUAAGAUCCUAGGCCGCAAAGCGAACAUCACCUCCAGUUCUGGGCCCGGAUUGGUCCCUGGAGAUAUCAAUAUCCCCAACCCUAUUCCAACCAACACGGGCACUCCUGAUUCAUUCCCUGCAGACCCUGCCAGCAUGACCAUCCACCCGGCCCUCCAACAUCCCACUACGACGCAUCAGGCCAACUUCAUCCAACGGUUGCAGAGUAUGAAAAAUGCAAAGGGUCAGUCGGAUACCGUGCGCAGAGUCAUGGGCACCAAGAAGGCCGUGAACUUUGACGAUCGCUUGAAUGCCUGGGCUCGCACCGAAGCUCAAGUAGCAGAGAUCACCAGUCUGAACCAGCGGGCUGCAAAUGGUGACGAGGAGGCGCUGGAAAUUUUGGAGAUGAUGAUCCGCGACCUCGACGAAGCCAAUGAUUCUGAAGAGGAAUUUUGA